GCUUGCGCCACACAACCAAUUGCCGGAUGGACAUGCAUUUGUCUGCUCUCCGUUCGUGACCGGCUCUUCUCAGUGCAUAGGGCGCUGGCAUUGAUCGGCGAGUAGCUGCAGGGACUCAACUGCAUCACUUCUUUUUCUUGCACUGCUGACAAACAAAACCGCUUCGACGAUCUUCCUUCCCAGCUGUGUGUACCGCAUCUUUUGAACAUCCCGACGCUGACCAUCGGCAGCGAGGAUGCAGUCGAUGGCGAGCCCCCGAAGCUCCGUUCUCGUACGAGGCUCCAUCUUCUCGAGUGCAACCUCGACCGCGUGCCAAGAGAGAACCAGCUCCAGCCUGAAAGCUGUGUCACUGCUUCAUGGUCAGGCGUUCAAAGCCAGAGUAGAUGGCGCAGCGCGGGGAGAGUUUAUCCCCACCGUCUAUUCGUUGUCUCAAAUGCAGCGGUUACUUACAUCGACGACACACGUCUCAUCUCUGAGGCAGCAGGGGAGCUUAGCACACCCGAUUAGGAGAAGGCAUGCUGACAACAACAGUAGCAGAGUGAGAGCUGAUGCAACUGUCUCGAUGGUGGAGAGCGUGUCGAGGGAGGAAAAAGCGACCCAGCCCCUCCGCGAGGUUGUGUCCACACCCAACGCCCCCGCAGCUUUAGGGCCUUACUCUCAGGCCAUCAAGGCAAAUGGCAUGCUUUAUGUGUCAGGGUGCCUUGGACUGGACCCGGCAACGAUGAAGUUCCCCUCUGAAGACGUGUCGGACCAAGCAGAGCAGCUGAUGAAGAACAUGGGAGAGAUUUUGCGAGCCGGCGGCUCAAGCUUCGAUUGUGUGGUAAAGACGACGAUUCUGCUCAGCGAUCUCAAGGACUUUGGCACUGUCAAUGCUAUCUAUGGAAGAUACUUCCAGGACAGCCCUCCUGCGCGGUCAACAUUCCAAGUGGCUGCUCUUCCGCUGAAUGCGAAACUGGAAAUCGAGUGCAUUGCGCUUCUCAGCGCGGGUGGCAGCGGCAGGCAGUGAAAAAAAAAAGGAGGUGGCUUGCUCUCUUCCUUCAUCUUCACUGCAAUUGUGCCGGAGCCAGAGACAAGGCGAUUUGGCAUACAUCGUGCAAAACUGUCGUGUGGUAGGAGGGAGGUGUUGAUGCAUUGCAGAUAUCGGGAGUAGCUCAGUCGUGCGUAGUUGUGGGGCCAAGGGAGGCGGGGGUAAAGAGGUCGACAAAGCGGACGAGAACCGGCAGGGCAUGUCGCAUGUUCUUUAAUACAGACGGGUGAAAUAAGGUCGACAAAGCGGGACGAGAAACUGCCAAGGCAUGUCACAUGUUUUUUGGUACACAUGGCUGGCACAAGAGUGUGUGACAAAUGUAUGAAAAUGUGCUUGACUGAACAGAUGAUUUAUUGCUGUCAGUCCAUUCUUUUGUUCACUCUAGGGACAAGUUUUCGUUGCGAGUGUUCUACCUGUUUUUGAAUGCCUAUCCCAUUAGAGGUGAGUGAUUUCCCAUUAGAGGCGAGUGAUUCUUGUGAUGAGCGGCAGGGGGAGGGGGUCGGGCGGGCGAGGGGGGUUGGUGGACAAGCGUGGAGGAGAGCGACUCACCGUAUGAGGUGCGAAGAGUUUUGUGUUUCUGACCGACCUGAACACUCUGUCUUGGCUGUGUUUCCUUUCACUGCUUCCCUAUCUGUUCAGUACUUCCAGUGACCCAACUCGGUCUUAGCUGUGCUGCUUCUUCUUCUUAAUUCUUCGCUGUGCUUCUUCUUCUUCUUCUUCUUCUUCUUUCUUCUUUCUUCUUCUUCUUCUUCUUCUUCUUCUUCUUCUUCUUCUUCUUCUUCUUCUUCUUCUUCUUCUCCUGCUCCUCUUCCUCCUCCCCCUCCUCCUCCUUCCUUAGCCAGAUCCGUAUGGCCCUAGCUUCUUGGGAUCAUCUUGUGCUAUUGUUUACCUUCUUCCCCUGAACACAACGCACCUUGAUCGUAAAUGUGAUACGCAUUGCGCAAACUAUCUUUCUGUUCUGGUACAGUCAUGAUGAGGGUUCCUUGGGCUCUAAGGAUUGCACUAGUAGGGGCUGUUGUGUUCACAAUGCCUGUGUUUCCUGGCAGUGACAUAUAUUCAUCGUGUGGCGAUCUGGCUCCUCAGGAAAUUGAGGGUUGUCUCAACCUAGAGUCUGCGGAGCUGUCCAUACCGUGUGAGUAGGUGAUAGGCCUCAGAGAUCGCGGCUGUAUGUAUGUGUUUGCUUUAUCACCAUGCUGCCUUGCUGUCUUGUUGCUUGACUUGCUGCCUGCUUUCUUUGCCUUGCCGCUUGAUUUGCUGGCCCUGUUCCCAUCCGUUGGCUCUUCUGGUGCUUGCAGUGUUGCCACGCUAGUUGCCUUGCAGUUUUUGUUCGCCUGCUCGUCGGAUUUUCCGCUGCUUGCAGCGUUGCCCUGCUCCAUGCCUUGCCGUUCGCCCACCAGCUUGGCGAUGCCCUUCCCCCCGCAGGUCUUGCGGCUCAGUCAUGGUUUUCUUUCCAGAGACUUGCCACUGGGCAUAGUUGGCACACACAUACACAUGCACACCCACGGACGUAGGUUCACAUGUGCAUGUGCUUGGACACGUGUAUGACUGCGUACAUCAAAGCUUACAUGAGUGCUUGCCUCCUGAAAGACAUUCAUGUCCUCAUGCAUGCACACACGCACACACUUAGACGUGCUCGUUCUUGCGCGGUGUGCAAUCAGACAGAGCUUGAUGUGAAUAAAAUUGACAAGCAUGCAUGCAUGCAUGCAUGCGCUUAGAUGUGCUCGUUCUUGCAUGCAUGCGAUCGGACAGAGAUUGAUGUGAAUAAAAUUGAUAAGUUUGCAGAAAAGGGCAAACGAGCACAUGGAGGUUGGACGAGUCCUAUAAAAGGUUAUUGGUAAUUUUGGCCACUUGGUGUACAGGGUAGGAAGACAGCAAUAAAAGCAACUUGUUCAG